GCCGACUCUUUGCGACACACGAGCCACUUGAUAAGAAGUUCUUGUCAGGUGGCUGAGGUUCCCCUCUGCGUGGGUAAAGGAUGACGAUCUGCUGCAGCUUCAGUAAAAGAGACUUUAAGGAAGGGCCAGAUAUCUAAAUGCGCAGCAUUCAGCGGACAUCCCGGCAUCUGUGUGUUCGGACGUUUUCCAGACAGCACAACAAUGUGGAUGUCACUGCCAGUGCUCUUUUUCCUAUCUGUUUUAUAUUUCUAUGGAUGCAAAUGCGCUUCGGGUUUCGUCUGCCCGAGGAUCUGCCGCUGUUUCUCCAACACAAUCAGAUGCAACAAUGUGACACAAGGGUCAGCUCUGAUGAUGGACCACAGAGAUAAAAGACUGUUUCUCUAUGACUUGUCUUUGCACACGAUUUCAAGCCAUUCUUUUGAGGGUUUGAAAGGAGUCCAGAGGAUUGAGAUUGCUCAGAGUGUAACCCUGGAAACCAUUGAGACAUUAGCGUUUAAUAACCUUCUCAACCUCUCUGAAAUCUCAAUCCAGAACACAAGGAGUCUGAUGCACAUUGGCAGAAGGACAUUUAACAACCUUCCCAAACUACAUUACUUGAGCAUUUCAAACACUGGGAUAACAGUUUUUCCUGACGUUACAUCUAUCAAUUCUCUCGAAUCAGAGUUUAUCUUGGAUAUCUGUGACAACCUGUAUCUACUGGAAAUACCUCCAAAUGCUUUCAUUGGAAUGACACAAGAAUACGUUACAGCGAACCUGUACAACAACGGCAUCAGAGAAAUACAUGGCCAUGCCUUCAACAGGACAAAGAUAGAUAAGCUGGUAUUAAAGAAUAAUCGAAACCUCAGAGUGAUCCACAGAGAUGCGUUCAAAGGAGCCACAGGCCCUGGAGUCUUGGACGUGUCUGCGACAGCUCUCACGAAGUUACCACUGCAGGGACUGGAGUCAGUUCUGGUUUUGUUAGCUCAGUCAGCAUAUGCCUUGAAGAGUCUGCCUCCUCUGCAGGGACUGUGGAGCCUGCGAGAGGCCCAUCUCACCUACAACAGUCACUGUUGUGCACUGCUGAGCUGGAACACCCACAGGGACUUUCCCAUCAAUCCUGCAUGGAAUAAUGGCUCUACAUAUUGUGAUGAGAGUGACCCAUCAGCAAGGGUUCAGCAUGUGAUUGGAGGCUCAGCAGAUACGACUCUAGUUAUGGAUAUGCCAUUUUUUUCAGCCGCUGAUCUGUCUGUGGACGAUGAAGGCUUUGGAGAUUUGAAUUUCCACUAUCCAGAACUAGACUUAUGUCAGACCCGGCCAACUUUGGUUUGCACACCUGAAGCAGAUGCUUUCAAUCCCUGUGAGGACAUUGCAGGUUUCAGUUUUCUCAGAGUGGCUAUUUGGUUUAUCAAUAUACUGGCCAUCACAGGUAACCUGACAGUGCUCCUGGUCUCCUUUACCAGCCGGAACAAGCUGACGGUGCCUCGCUUCCUCAUGUGCCACCUGGCUUUUGCAGACCUCUGCAUUGGGAUCUACCUUCUGAUGAUCGCUACAGUAGACUUGCGCACACAAGGUCACUACAGUCAGCAUGCUAUUGAAUGGCAGACAGGGCCUGGCUGUAGUGCUGCGGGCUUCCUGUCUGUGUUCGGUGCGGAGCUGUCAGUCUACACACUUUCCACCAUCACCCUGGAGCGCUGGCACACCAUCACCAACGCUCUGCAGAUAGAGCGCCAUCUGGUACUUACACAGGCAGCAAGUAUAAUGGCAGCUGGUUGGCUCAUCUGUCUGGGGAUGGGGAUGCUGCCCCUGGUUGGUGUGAGCAGUUACGCCAAAGUCAGCAUGUGCUUACCCAUGGACAUAGAGACUCCUCUGGCUCAGGCCUUCAUCAUAUUUAUCCUGCUCUCCAAUGUGGGCGCCUUCAUUGUUGUGUGUGUUUGUUAUGUGCUGAUCUAUCUGGCUGUAAAGAACCCCGAGCUCCCCAGAAGAAGUGCUGACACCAAAAUUGCAAAGCGCAUGGCUGUGCUCAUCUUCACCGAUUUCCUCUGCAUGGCGCCCAUCUCCUUCUUUGCCAUCUCUGCUGCAUUCAAGGUUCCCCUCAUCACAGUUACUAACUCCAAGAUUCUGCUGGUCCUCUUCUUCCCUAUCAAUUCCUGUGCCAAUCCCUUCCUCUACGCUAUCUUCACCAAGGCUUUCAGAAAGGACGUGUAUCAGCUCAUGAGUGCCAUGGGCUGCUGUAAAAACAAGGCCAGCGUUUAUCGCAUGAAGGCCUACUGCUGUGAAAAUGCAAUCAAGAGCAAUUUGGGGUCCAAUAAUAAAGGAUCCUGCACAGGAGUGAGGCUGGCUGCCAUGCCACGGCAGAGCCAUCACCUGAAAGAGGAGGGAGAGCUCACCUGAAAAAAAAGAGAUGCAAAACAAAAAAUGGCUUUUCCUAUCAGUUCAACCCACUGAAUAGGCCUUUUUCGUAGGAGACAUGUUGACUGGUCAUAACAGGAAAAGUACAAGUAUAACUACUAACAUUGAUGAUGGCUCUGUUCAAUUAAGUCACCAGUGAGCCAUGGAACUGGUAAACCUGAAUGGAAUGGAGCCAUCAUUCAUGGUAUUAGUCCAACCUGUAGUUUUCUUGCUUAUCAAAUGUCAAAAUGGCUCCAGAACAGCUACUAAACAGACCUUGAUGGACCCUCAUUGUUUUGUCACUGCUACUCUCAAGAAUGAACUUUCAACCUCAACAUUUAAAUGGGUGAGCUAAAUGGACAAGAAGACCAUAAAGUGCUCCAAAAAAUGGAUAGUUGACAAUUCUGGACACAGCUCAUCUACUGAUUGUGUGAUACCAGUGAAAGCUCCAAAACAGCUAAUAAAUGGACCUUGUGGUGAGAUUGUUUAGUCAAAUAGAAAUCCUCUCUGAGGGAUCACCUUCAUCCUACCUUCAUCUCCAAAUGGUUAUCAGUGGUUGCAAUGAAAACCAAACCAUGGUUGCCUCUGUCAAUUAAUCUCAAUCCUGUUAUUAAUUUAUGGAAAAUAAGUUGUUUGUUUUAUUCUGAGGUUGGCUAAAUGUGUUUAAAUGAAGAAUAUCUACAGCCAUGGUUAAUAUGGAAAGCUUAGUAGGCUAGUUAUGGUUGACCACGUGGUGGAGUAGUUGGGAAGACAACUUAACUACACCACUGGGGGUUUUGUUUUUCUUAAAGGGUUUUUGAGAUUGUGUAAUUGAAAAUAAAAGAGAUCACCUACCGUAAUAG